AAUCAGCUGUGAGAGCGGCGUGGCGCCGUAUGCCGCGACUCUUACCCGCUGUCAGUUGCUCGAGCCCUGUGCUACGGUUAGGACCGCGACGACUAUCUCGUCAUAUUUUCGAACGAACGAGAUAGAUAGAUAGAUAGAUAGAUAGAUAGAUAGAUAGAGAGAGAGAGAGAGAGAGAGAGAGAGAGAUAUUCAAAGUGUUACCUCGAUCGUCGUCAGAAGAAGAAAAAAGAAAAAGAAGAAGAAGAGGAGAAGGAAGAAUAAACCUUCGUCCUGUCUGUCUCUCUCUCUAGUCCUCCUUUUCUAACUCACGAUCGAUCUCCAUUUGUAUCCUUGUCUAUCCUCCGGCGACCGGCGACCUUUCCAACCCUCCAACUCGAUCUUUUUCGAUCUUCUUGUGUGAAUUUUUCUACCUGGGUGGGGAGGAAUAAGAGGAACGGAUAAAAGAUAGAUGGAGAGAUUGACAGAUAUAUAGAUAGAUAGAUAGAUAGAUAGAUAGAUAGAUAGAUAGAUAGAUAGAUAGAUAGAUAGAUAGAUUGAUAGAUUGAUAGAGAAAGGGAAUAUUGGAUUUUUCGAGGAUACGAGAGAAGGAAGGAAAGAGAGAGAGGGGAAGAGAAAGAGUUAAUAUCGGUUCGGUUUUUGUGGUGGAAUAAAAAGUGACACGAUUAUUCGGGGAAUAGAAAAAGAAAAAGAAAAAAGAAAUAGAAGGGAAAAAAUAGAAUUGACGAUUUAACAAUCGGCUAGUUUUGGAGAAACUAUGAAAAUGACGAUGGCGGUCUUCUGGUAGAGGCAGGACUUUCCUCCUCCAGGAUCGCGAGAAAUGGCGUACGGAAUAUCCUUUGAAGCUACUCUCAGCGGCACUGUACUUUUCCUACUGGUACUGCUACAGGCGGCACUGGUGUGGGAGGAGGUACGAGCCGCACCGGCGAAGAGAAACGACAUACUAGCUGGGACGGAGUUCCUUUCGGUCUUCAUAAACGGCGCUAUGGCGCCGGCGCCACAACGACGACGAGGAUUCCGUCGAGGUGGUCACUCGUCAUCCUCGUCGUCGUCGUCUUCUUCGUCUUUGUCGUCUUCGUCUUCCUCGUCGUCGUUAUCGUCUUCGUCGUCGUCAUCGUCGUCGUCGUCGUCGUCGUCGUCGUCGUCGUCUUCGGCCUCGGCCUCAUCUUCGUCGUCCACAGGUGACAGCGUUAGCUCAGAAUCGCAACACGAAGCUUCGAUAUACAGAAUCUCGAGGAAUCCGAGUGGCCGAACAGGUAGCGUCGCUAGGACAUCCCAAAAUUCAUCGGGUGGACGUAAUCCCGACGAAAUCGUUCGUUUUUAUCCUAUAAGCCGUGAAAAAACGUUCGACAAUGGACAACAAAAUCUUGCUUCGCUGAUCGACGAUCUCAGUAUGGCUACGAGCUUCUCGCCGAAAGUUAACAACGAUAAUAAUCAAUCGUCCAGGUCGAACGGCACUGUUGUUAGCAAUGUUAGCAAUCAGAGAGGAGCUAGCAGGCAAAAGGUUAUAGGCGUGAGCGUAACUUCGACGGUCGAGGCUACACCAUACAAAGUCAGAGUUGAGCAUUACGAUAGCUCCGACGCUGGUGUAGUAGUCACCAGGCCGCCUACUUUCAUUUCUACGUCUAAGAAAAAUUCCGAGAGGUCUACGUCUAGGACUACUUCACGGUCGGUAACCGAGAGAUCUACUUCGCCUACAUCGACAACUACAUCGAGUACUACGACUACUACAACCGUGAUGACGCCUUUGCCAGCUCGUUUGGUCACCGAGGAACUUACUAACAUCGUCUCGGAAUCAAAUAGAAGCGAAUUCUCCGUCGACGAGGGUUUGCCGAGAACGAGCUGGCGUCAUCGCGGAUCGAUCACUCCAAGAACAACGAGCAAACAUACCUCGGUAUACGGAUCGUCCGAUAAGCAACGUUCCGAAAGCAGUACUAUAUUGGGAAAUGAUAAUCCAUCUGGUACCGAGGUAACCGAAGAAAAUUACGAGCUAUCCGAAGAGAAUUCCGAGCCACACGAGAUACACGAGGAACCGAUGGAAAUCGAUUCGGAGCAAUUACAGCCGCAAGGUAGGAAAGCCGGUAGACAUUACGAGGGUUCUCACUUUAACAGAGCUAAUUCGAAAUACGGUCAAUCCACGAAAGGUUUCAAAUCGUCCCGGCAAUACAGCGAGCCUGCUAAGGUGUACAGCGAACCUGCCAAGGUUUACGGCGAACCUGAAAAGGUCUAUGGCGAGCCAGCUAAAGUCUAUGGCGAACCGUCGAAGGUUUAUAGCGAACCAGCCAAAGUCUAUAGCGAGCCUGCCAAGGUGUACGGGGAGCCAGCUAAAAUAUACGGUGAGCCUGAAAAAGUCUAUGGCGAACCCUCGAAAAUUUAUUCGGAACCAUCCAAGAUCUAUUCCGAGCCAGCCAAAAUAUAUUCCCAGCCAUCUAAGAUCUAUGGCGAACCUAGCAAGGUAUACGAUUCGGAAGGACAACCGUUGAUUAAAAACGAUCACGAAUCAGGUGGUGAACCCGACGAAGAGAAUUACGAGGUCGACGAAUCCGUCAGCGUCGGUACCAAUGGGAAAGCUUACGGUCCACAAUUGACGAUAACCGAAGCACCAAAUUCUUCGGACGUCGAAGAUGGCCACAAGGUCGGCUACGUCGAGGAAGGUCGCAAUUAUCACAAGUACAGAGUGGAGGAAAGGACACCCGAUGGUUUCAUCGUCGGCGAAUACGGUGUCGUCAGUCACGACGAUGGCUCGCUCAGAGGUGUCAGGUACACCGCUGAUGGUACCAUAGAUCCUAGACUGAUCUACGACGCACUUAUGAAGUUCCUGGCUCUCUGAGGAUCGAAAGAAAAGUCGAUAGAAGAAAGAAUGGGAUGAUCACCCUGGGAAGCCUAUUAAAAAGAUAAAGCGAAUGAUUUUCGUUUGAACGAUCGUUGUCAAUGGAAGCAUUAGUUUUUUUCAAUGAUCCUAUUUUAUCAUAUUAUUUAUUCUAAUAGUUGCGAUGAAAAAGAAAAUACGAUUCCGCGUAUAGAUCAUCCUACUCUUUAAUACUCGUGUUUGUUGCAAAAAAUGUGUCUUCCAUUGACGGGUGGUUGAACGAGAGAUACGCAACGACUGAUUUCUUAUAUUAAUUUUGUUUUCUUCUUCUUCUUCUUCUUCUUCUUCUUCUUUUUAUAUUUUUUCUUUUGCUUUUCUUUUUACUACUGUCUCUUUCUUUCUUUCUUUCUUUCUUUCUUUCUUUCCUUGCCAACUCAACUGCCUCAGAAUAUAAUUGUUAAGCGAUCGAAAUUUUUUUUUUAAUCCCUUUUUUUUCUUCUCGUUUUUCUUUUUUUUUUGUUUCUUUUCUCUCUCUCUCUUUUUUUUUUUUUUAUUUUUCUUCCCUUUUUAUUUAAGACGACAAAAUAUGUCGGACUUUGACAAUUGAUCGAUCGAUCGAUUGCGAGAUCGAUGACGAACGAAAGUUGUCCUUUCGUCGAUAGAGAAAGUACCGUGAACUUUUCUAACGUUAUUGUGUCUAAGUACGUAUGAGAGUGACCUUCGUCGAUGAUCGCUUCGCAUGCUAGCCGCCUACUCGAAACGAUCCUUCUCUCUCUCUCUCUCUCUCUCUCUCUCUCUCUCUCUCUCUCUCUCUCUCUCUCUCUCUCACUUUCUCUCUCUCUCUCUUUUUUUUUCGAACUUUCGAAGGCUAUAUUUGCAUCGAUCCUGUUUUACGAGAAUCAAAUUGGUUCAGGUAUUAAAAGGAAAAAAGAAAGUAAAUAAAUACAAAAAAAUGACAUUAACGAUGGAGGACAUUCGUUAGCAUGAUGAUAAAGGACACGAUGCAAAAUGAGAUUAAAAAUAGUGUUCGUUUCGUAAUAGGCAAGUUUGGGACGGACGUUCCUUGUAAUUUGAAUGAUUUUUCUCGAUUUUUUUUUCUUUCUUUCUUUCUUUCUUUCUUUCUUCUUCGUCUCUCUCUCUUUCUCUCUCUCUCUCUCUCUCUUUCUCUCUCUUACUUUAUCUCUCUUUCUCUCUCUGUUUCUUUCUUUUUCGUAUCUCGAAGGAAAGAAAAAGAAGAAAUUUGAGAAAAUACGUGCGGUACGGGCGAACGUUCGAUAAUUAGGUAAAAAGUAAUAUCACGGAGAUGACGCUUCUGCGAUGAAGAGGUACACGAAAUGAGUAGCAGCUGCCCGAGCCUUUUGUUGGGAUAUAAAAAUAUCAUUUCUUUUCUUUUUUCUUUUUAUCCAAUGCGCGACAAAAAAAAAAAAAAAAAGAAA